UCCUUCAGUCUGGGGCACAAGGCAUUGAGUGUACUCUGUUUUUUCUGCUGCUCCUUCUGGCUGCUUAUGAAUUGCUGGCAUUCCAAAGCAAUGUACUCACUUUCAUUAUCCUCCUCAUUCUCAAAACUCUCUCUGUAUUUGAUUUUCAACAUUUUCUCCCAUGCAAAUCUAGGAUCUGCAUAUGUUUCAAAAAACACGUUUGGAAGGCUCUGCAAGGUAUUCAACUUGAGAUUCAGCGACAAGUGCACAAGCUCACAGGAAAACUGUGCUGCAGUAAAAGUCAUAGGGGAGGGGAUGCUGAUGUGAACAAGCUGAUCAAUGUAAAGACUAACCAACUCAUCAUAAAAUGCAAUCUUAUUAUUACAAUCAUAAUAACCUAUCUUUAACUUAGUCACACUUGGAAUAUGCUGUUUUAUACUGGCUGCUAGAUUUUUGCUGUGCUGCAUUGAGAUAUUAAAAGCACCAUCUAAAGGGUCCCUAAAUUCACUAAUGCCAAUGUAAAGCUGUGUAAUGUGUGGGCACUUUAACGUCUUAAAAUCAAUAAAUUCUUCCAGCAUAUCAAAUGUUGGGACUGUAAUGCUCAAUUCCUGGAGAGCUGGGAACUGUAAUCCAAUUGAACUCCCAAUGCUUUGCAUAUCAGAACUAUAUGAUUCAAACUCUAACUUGUGCAGGCUAGAAAACACAAUAGUUUCUGUCUGCUUGGUAUUUGCCAGCUUGCUCCAAGAAA